AUGUCCAGCUACGAGAGAGUGUUUUUGCCCAACGACCUCCGGAUCUACACGGACGGCCGCGGGGGCCUCGUCACGUCCGAGCUGGUGCCCAUCAAGGGGAAAAUCCCAGCCGUGCAGCGCUGUGAGCCGUUCCUGGCUGUCGUGCCAUCGAUCCGCCUUGUUCCUUUGCAGCGCGACUGCUUCUACGAAGGCUACGUGGAAGGUGUCCCGGGUUCCCUGGUGGCACUUAGCACCUGCUCCGGACUGAGUGGGGUUCUGCAGCUCGCCAAUGCCACCUAUGGAAUCGAGCCCCUGGAUGCCGUGCCGGGAUAUCAGCACCUCAUCUAUUCAGUGGAGAAUGAGGACGUAGAGAAUCCGAUUUUCGUAGAAAACAGCUCGCUCGCACGGCCGCAGGAGAUGGCACCGGAACAGGACGGAGGAACACAGGGUGAGGAAGCUGCCGCUAGAUCCCCUGGCUAUCUGGAGGUGCACGCAGUUGUGGACAAGGCCCUGUACGAGCACAUGGGCGCCGACAAGGCUGCUGUGACCGAGAAGAUGGUUCAGCUCUUCAGCUACGUGAACAGCAUGUUUGCUCGCCUUAACCUGACCGUAGUGUUGACCUCCCUGGAGUUUUGGACGGAACGGAAUAAAAUCCCCACCACGGGAGGGGCUGAGGAGUUACUGCAGAGGUUUCUGCAGUGGAAAAACACCCACCGUGUCCUGCGGCUCCAGGACGUAACGUUCCUGUUCGUGCACCGGGAGCAGCCGCGUUACGUGGGAGCCUCCUCUGCGAGCAGGUUGUGUCACAAGAACCUCGCUGGAGGGGUGGCCGUGCACCGCGGCACGAUGACGCUGGAGACCUUCUCGGUGGUGCUGGCGCAGCUGCUGGGGCUGAGCCUGGGAAUGAGCUACGACAAGGCUGGCCGGAGCUGCCGCUGCCCCGGCCCCGUGUGCGGGAUGAACUCGGAGGCGCUACGCUCGCCUGGCGCCAAAAGCUUCAGCAGCUGCAGCCUGAGAGACCUGCAGCGUUUCCUCGCCAGCGGAGAAGGGCAGUGCCUCUGGAACAGGCCGACUAUGGACAUAUCCUAUCGGGCUCCCGUGUGCGGCAACAAAGUGGUGGAGCCGGGAGAGACCUGUGACUGCGGCUCGGCGGAGGUCGGGCGCCUCGCGGGCGCGCGCCGUCUCCGCUGUUCCCAGGAAUGCAAGCGCGAUCCGUGCUGCACGGUGGGAUGCAAAGCCAAGAAAGGGGUGGAAUGCGUGUCCGGCCCGUGCUGCUGGCGAUGCCACUUCCUGCGAAGGGGAACCCUGUGCAGGAGCAGCCCGGAGGACGAGUGCGAGCUGAAGGAAUAUUGCAACGGCACCUCCGGGCAGUGCACGCCCAACUUCUGGGUCAUGGACGGGCACCCCUGCAACCGCCGCAGCGCCUACUGCUACCGCGGAGUGUGCCAGAUGGCUGACAAGCAGUGCCAGAAGGUCUUCGGGAAAGGAGCCAGAAAUGGUCCCCUGGCCUGUUACGAAGAAAUUAACGGCCGACGGGACAGGAUGGGCCAUUGCGGCUCCAAUCAGAGCGGUUACCAGAGCUGUGCGUGGCAGGAUCUGCGCUGCGGGAAGCUCAUCUGCGAAUACCCCAGCCACAAGCCCUUCACCAAGGAGAGGGCGGCCGUGGUUUACGCGCGGGUGCAGAACGCGCUGUGCGUGACGCUCGACUACAUGAAGCCUCCCGCCGAGAGGGACCCCAUGCUGGUGAACGACGGCACCGUCUGCGGCGACCACAUGGUUUGCCUGAACCAGAAGUGCGUCCCUGCCGCCACCCUCAACUACAGGUGUGAAAUAAAGACCAAGUGCCACAACCACGGCGUCUGCAAUAACAAAGGCCUGUGUCACUGUCACCCUGGUUGGAAGCCACCCAGCUGCCUGGAGAGAGCAAGCACGAUGGGAGGAAGCAGCGAGAGCCUCUUCCGAGCGGAUGAAGCGGUCGCCCCGAGCAAGGACGUGCUGAGGAACUGGCUCCUUAUAAGUUUCUGCCUCUUCCUGCCCGUCCUCCUCGGGGCCGCCAUCCUGGUCCUGUGGCAACGCAUGUGGUGCCGCUGCCGCGCUCCGGAGGACUCGCCGCGGGAUGGGAACCUGGAGCCCAUCAUUUCCCUGCCCGGGGGAGAGAGCCUGAGGGGCUUCAUCCUCGUCACCCUCCUGGUGGAGAAGGCGGCGGUGCCCGGGAUCAAGGCCAUCGCGCAGGCCGUGAACGCCGUCCUGCAGCCCGACGAGGACGCCCUGCUCCGAGCCCUGCAGCAGCUGGCCGGGGCCAUCGGGGACAUGGGCCAGGCCCUGCGGCGCAUGCACGGCUGCAACGGAGACCAGAGGCAGCGGUGA